AGACCCAGGAAGUACAGCGACUGUCAAACUGAACUUUACUACUGCAGUUACAUAUUUUCUGUGGUGGCAAUUGUGAGCUAAAAAUUCACUUUCCUCGCGUCUGUCUGUAAAGCGUCAGCGUCAUGUCUGCAAGAAACCCGGGAAUGGAACUCGACUUGGCCUGGGUCUCCAGAGUGCGAGUGAAUCACCAGGGUGUGCUGAGACGAGCCCAGCAGGUGCAGACGCGGAGGGCAGUGAAGAAAGAGUGGCAGGCUGCAUGGCUGCUGAAGGCAGUGACUUGUAUAGACCUGACCACCCUCUCUGGGGACGACACGCCUUCCAAUGUGCAGAGGUUGUGUUUCAAAGCAAAGCACCCGAUCCGGGACGACCUCAUGGAGAGCAUGGGCAUGCAGGACAAAGGUAUAACCUCGGCAGCUGUCUGUGUGUACCCAUCGCGAGUGUGUGAUGCUGUCAAAGCCUUGCAGGCUGCCAAGUGUAACAUUCCUGUUGCCUCAGUGGCGACGGGGUUCCCAGCAGGACAGACUCCGCUGAAGACCCGCUUGGAGGAGGUCCGGAUGGCGCUGGAGGACGGAGCCUCCGAGAUCGACAUUGUCAUCAACCGGACCCUGGCUCUCACAGCACAGUGGGAAGCUCUGUACGAUGAGAUCCGGCAGUUCCGGGAGGCCUGCGGAGAAGCUCACAUGAAGACGAUCCUGGCAGUGGGGGAGCUGGGAUCCUUCAGCAACAUCUACAAAGCCAGCCUGGUGGCCAUGAUGGCAGGUUCGGACUUCAUUAAGACAUCGACUGGGAAGGAAGGGGUUAACGCUACAUUCCCCGUUGCCAUAGUGAUGGUACGAGCCAUUCGAGAGUACUUCUGGAAGACCGGCGUCAAGGUGGGGUUCAAGCCGGCAGGUGGUAUCCGCAGUGCGAAGGACUCUCUGCUCUGGCUGUCCCUGAUCAAGGAGGAGCUGGGUGAGGAGUGGCUGAGCCCCGCACUGUUCCGCCUGGGAGCCAGCAGCCUGCUGAGUGACAUUGAGAGGCAGAUCUUUCAUUACGUGACUGGAAGAUAUGCAGCGUACCACGAGCUUCCAAUGGCAUAGUUGAGGAGCCAGGCCCCCUCCAUGCACCUGCCCUUCCACACACGGCUACAGUGCUUCUGGAAAGCAAGCUGCUCUGUUACACUCCCAAGUGUAAUUGACGAGUGGGGAGCCGACUGGACUACGCAGUCGAAAACGUCCGGUUCAAUGUCAAGCUGUCUCUUCUAACUAAUUUGCCUGUAACAUAUUAAUAAAUGUCCCCAUUGGCAAGCAUUCUCCUCUGAUAGAACUAGACACAGGUUGAAAAAUAAUACAUUCAUGGCAAAGUGAGUAUUCCCGUAUAAAAGUUUGCCACUGUAUUUUUGCAGUGUACCCCCAUGCUCUUGCAUGGUCAUACUAUGGAUUUAUCAUAGUUUGCCAUUUUUAUUAAUAUGCUUUACAAUACCUCCCUGCUUUACAAUGCUCAUCUGUGCUUUGACCAUGUUUUCACUGUGCUUCAUUACACUGUUCUUUUCACUAUGUUUUUAUAGGCUGCAGCCAAAAUAAAUGAUUACAUUUUGUUUCUGUGAA